AUGUCAAAGCAAUUUUAUUUCUUUAAAAAAGUGGUACAGGGUGAAUUGGAAGACGAUAUACUUUUGACAUUAUGGGAACUUCUAGAGACCUGGACUUCUCAAAAUGACUGGAUGGCAAUCUUCUUUAUAAUUUUCCUCGUAAUUAUUUUUGAGAUCGUGCUCAUAAAGAUUUGUACAUCCUUUCAAAAGAAGCCUGCACUUCCAGAAAAAGACCAUUCAGAUGCCCAGGAGAAAGAAGACAGCUGCCUGAAAAGCAUGAAACCUGAUAAUUGGUCGAUGCAUUCAUCUUCAGAAGAAAAAGCUGAUGACUUUUCAGAAAGAACAAUCACUUCAUCACUUGCAUCUGAAGAGAAUGAAGGUAACUUUGAAGGCAGUGUUUCACCAGCAGAUGAAACAAUACGAGCAAGUACCAGUGAAAGUAAAUAUCAAGUAAGUCACUUUAGUGAAAGUCACAUGCCAUCUUCAAGUGGGACUAGCUCGUUUCUGUCACUGUUCCAUUCAGAAGAAAAGGAAGUUUUUCUAAGGCACAGAGGGUGUCCUAAAAAUGAACAGGAAACAAUACAGCUUUCAUCAAAGAAAUUAUUUUCCAUAAUGAAAAACAACAAAAAUGAAAAUGUAAUGUUCUCUUCGGACUUCAAUUUUUCAAGAACUUCUAGAAUCAUCAUAGAAAGUGAAGAUCUAGACAUGGUUCCGUGUCCUUCUGCCCACUUACUUCUUUCUAGAGACCAAGUCAGACUUCUAGAAGAAAAUGUGAGAAACCAAAUUCCUUUAAAAUCCAGAGCUACAUUAGACAGUAAAUCUACCUGUGUGUACCCAAGAUCUCAAGAGCCCUUGAUUCAGAAUCAGCAGUCUGUUAGAGUGGACAUUUCUGCCCAAACACAAGAUUCUUUUCCAGGACAAAAGGCUGUUCAGGAUCAAGGUUUUUUUGAAGCCCAAUUUACUAGUCAAGCCCGACAAUUUGUUAACAACCAGGAAUCUGUGAGCAGCCAGCCGGAGAUCGAGGCCAAAUACUUUGCUCUGCCUCAAGAUUUGAUGAGGAAACCACCUUCCAGCAGCACACAAGACUCCUUCCAGGCCCAAGAUACGGACAGGAGCCAACAUUUGGUCAAAGUCCCGUAUCCUGUUGAGACUCAAGAUUCAAUCAAGGGCCUAGAGUCUGAUAAAAAACCCUUAGAUGAGGCCCAAUAUCCUAUCUGGUUUGAAGAUCCAAAUAAGAAUGAAUAUGCAAUCCAAGGGCAAAAUGCUAUUUUUAAGAAUGCCAGAUUUCUAGUUUUAACUCUAAGCCCAGAUUCAGUUGCUAAAGGGUUAACACAACUAAAGAGGGCAAAGACGAAGGGCCAGAAACAAACUGCUUCCUCAAAAGUAAACCAGUGUCCUGCAUACGGCUCAGUGCCUCUUUCACCUACCACGAACAGGCAGAAAAACAGAAGAAAAAUAUUACACAGUAAAAGUAAAUUUAGUCUCAAAGUUCCACCUCAAAGGUCAAAGAAAACACCACGGUCACGGGUACUUCAAAUCACAGUAGGUCACACUCCAGAACGUUGCAAGUUAAGACACAAGCAUGACACUCAGAAGAAAGAAUUUCAUCACAGAAAAGGUAAAGCAGGUACAGCCUUGCAUCUUAUUUAUGUUUUCAAGCUUGUUCUUCCUUAUAUUAGGAAGUAUUCCAGGAAAAAACUAGUGAAGUUCAUGCCAGGUUUAACAGGGUGUGGACAUUUUCUGCUGAAGCAAAAUAAGUCAGGAUAUGCAGAGAAGGUCAACAACACAGGGUCUCUUGAGAAAAGAGAAACCUCAAGCAGCCCUAAAAAUGGGCAGCAGCAUGGCAGAAACAAUACUGGACUAAAAAGCAUUUCACCCAAAAUUCCACCUCAGCUAGAACAGUCUUUCAGGGACGAUACUUAUCAACAAAAAGCAUCAUUAAUAGAAACAAACUGGAGGAAUAAAGGGUCUCUUAAAGACCCAAUUAUACAAGCAAAGGAAAUGGAUAUUGCAGAGUUUUGUGUCCCAGGCAGUGAAAAAACAUCUGACCCAAAUAUUGCAAAGCAUGAGACACCUUUAGAAGAAGCUAUAUCAGAACCUUUGCAGAAAUUUGUUUUCGCUCCCAAAAUGGAAUUGGACAGAAAAACAAAAACAUGGGAGGACCUAAAAAGUGCAGAGAAUGCACAAUUUCCACUUUCAAGUGAAGAGAAGUUACCAGCUAGUACCUCAGAAAUGCAAAGGAGCUCUCCAAAGGGAAAUGCACAAAGACAAAAAGAUUUUCUUGAAAUUGUUCUGGAGUCUUCAGAUGUCAACUUGCUCAUUUCACUAGGAACCAGAAAGCAUAAAAGCAGUGAACAAUUAGCAGGUGCAAAAAUUCAAAAGAGUAUAGAAGACGUAACUGAGAAGGAAAAGAAACCAUUAAUACUUAGAGUUACAGAAGAUGGUGACCUGCGUGAAAGUGAGGACCUGGAAUGCACCCCUGGAAGCAACACAAAAAAUAUGCAAGAUCAAAGAAUAUCUGAUGUGUUUCACAACACUACUCACACCACCAUCUCUGAACCACUGCCCAUGGAAAUGCAAAGCAGAUUCAAAACCAAGACAGAUACAUCAAGAAUGAGACUUAGUCCUUCAGUGGUAAAGCAAGACAAAUUACCAGAUGACAAGAAACUGUGGAAUGCAAAAUUCAUUGUUGUGAGACGUGUGUUUAAAAAGCCACAAGACCAUGAUAGAGAGGAAGAGCAACAGGCUUUACAAGAAGCAGUUCCACAGCUGCCAGAAGGUUUCAGGUUCAGCCUACAACUAGAGCGGAAGGCCAAGGAUGUCAAAUUUGAAGCAGGACAGAGCAGUUCAGAAAGCAGAACAACUCAAAAUAAAGAGCGAGAGGCACAGUCACAAACUCUUUCCCCAGAAAUGAUUUUGGGGACUAGUCCAUGCCCCACCAUGGACCCACUUCAAGCUGAGAAGGUGAAGCAGAGCACAGACAGACCUCCCGGCAGGGAGACUGCUGAUCCAGUAUGUCCUCUUACUGCAUCAGAGAGCUCACCAGCUGGCGAAGUUUUAACUGAAACCACAGAAUGUGGCGUCCCAUUUGGUGGAAGCCCCAGAAAGACACCAGGUCAUCAGAUGGCAGAAGAAAAAGAAGACUUCAGAAGAGUUUUAUCUGAAGUUGCCCUGGCAUCUUAUAAUAUGCAUGUGCUGCCUUCAUCAUAUUUUAAAAGGCAGAAAAUCAGAAAAAAAUUAUCAGGGAUGAAAGGUGCACUCAGUCCCAAACGUGUAAUUAUACAAGUAAAGAAGCCACCAAUACGUCAUCCAAGAAGACCGAGAGGUGAUUUUAAAAUCAUAAUUAAACAAAUACUGCAAGAUAAAACUGUGGCAGAUAAGCUUCUGAGCGCCAUUUACCUUCACGCGUCUAUUUUGCCUCAUAUGAGAACGUACAGCAGAUUAAAUGCAGAGAAUCUCAGUCAUACCCAGCUAAAACAAGAGAAAUCAGAAGUUGAAAGAGAAGAAACAUGUUCAGAUACCAUUAAUAAAGGAAAAGACUCUGGAAACACAAAGGAAGAUGCUAACUUGCAAGAUGAAGUGAGAAGGGAUAAAGAAGUGUCACCGGAAGCAGUCCUUCAGGAUAGCUGGGGCCUCAGACUGGAUGCUUAUCCAGAGAAAGAGCUUAAAACAAAGAAGGAAAUGCAUCAACCAGUCACCUUUGCAGAAAUCAUGAUGGAGCCUAUUUAUUCCACCAUAACAGAUCCAUUUCAUGCUGAGAAUGUGGAGAAAAGCCUACCAACACAAACUGAUUUAAGAUACACUGCAGAUUCUGAGACGCCUCCUCCAGCAUCAGAAAACUCACCAACGGGAGACCCUUUAAACCAGACAGGAGGAAGUGAUGUCCCAGAUGAUGGCAAUGAUACAAGAGAAAGGGGUUACUUUUUUGCAGGAACAAGGUCAGCAUUGCCCAAAGAUUUGCCAGCAGUUUCCCCAGAGACUUUUAAUUGCCACAUGCCUGCUUUGUCUCAUUCUAAAGUGAAGAAAAAUGGAGUAAGAUUCUCACAUAUAGAAUGUACAGUGAAGCCCAAGUCUGUACGUAUGAAGGCACUGAAGCCCUCAAUUUCAAAAAUAUGUAGUAUCACAAGUCAUAGAAGGAAGCUAGAAUCUGACUUUAAGGCCAAGUUUGAAAAGAUCAACCAAGCUAAUGGACUGGUAUAUGAAUUUCUAAAUACCCUUUACUCUCCUGUGCGUAGCGGGUUACAAGGAGAAACAAACAGCUUCUGUCAUGCUCAGGUGAACUUCCAGGAACUGGCACAUGAAGGGAGACCACAGUAUGUUGAUUUCUUUCUUAAGAGUCAUACCUUCCAUGACAGAGGAGAAAAAGUGGAAGAUGGAGAGGAAGAAGAGCAAAAAUGUUUGCUAAUAACAGCUCCACAGCAUACCCAGCACCUCUGGAUCCACGCACAUCAGGGGAAGAAGACCCAUCUUGCCGAACCAGACCCAGCACUGGACUGUUUAACCCAGAAGCUGCCCAUUAAUGAGCAAGAUAUGCAGCAUCAAACAUGCUUUACACGAACUGCUUUGCAGACUGACCUCCAGAUGAGUUCUAGAGAAACCAAGGGACCCCAGAAGACCAACAAACCAGAAGAUGACAUAACAUUCCCUACGGGUCCGGCGAUUCUGCCUCCCGAGACAGGAAAGUCAUCAGUUGACAAACCUUUGAACACUACAACAGAGUGUGACUUGCCAUCUGGUGGAAACCCUAAAAGGGAACUAGAUUCUUAUUUUGUGGAAAAAAAUUCAGAGUUACCAGAAAAUUUGCAAGUGACAUUCCUGCAGUCUUCUGAUUCUGUUGAACACUUUGUUUCUAAAUCUAAUAGAAAGAACACAUUAAAAUUAGCAAGGAAGCCAAAAACAGUGAGUCGUAGAUAUAGAACUAUGAGGGAAGAAAAGCCAUCAAUUUUGCAUAUGCUUAACAGCAGGCAGAACAAGGAACUGCAAUACAGUCUUAAAACAAAGAUGAAAAAUCCACAGCAAAAUAAAAAUAUAGCAGGUGCAUUUUUGGAUUUCAUUUACUUCAAGGUGCCUAUUUUGCCCAACACCAAAAAGAGUAUCAGAUUAAAUAUGGAGACAGAUAUGCAAAGGGUAACAAGACUUAGUCAUAUACAGCUAACACAAGAGAAAUCCCCAAAUGGAAGAGAAGUAUGUUGCCCAGAUUCUGUCGAUGUGAGUAGUUUAUCUAAUAGUGUGAAAGAUGGGAAGGAGGAAGCAGGGGAACACAAAGAUUUCCCAGCCCCAGGGAAUAGCCAAGGCUUCGUAUUCAAUAUAUAUCAGGAGAGGGACCGUGACCUUGUCAAGUCGGAUGAGGAGCUGAAACAACCAGGAAGUGUAAGUGUUCAGGGACCACCACAAAUGCGCUUUGCACAGACUAUUUUGAGUUCUACUUCAGGCCCUACGUUGGGUCAAUUUCAAUUUGGAAAGCUAGGAAGUUCUACCAGGGUUUCACCUCCCAAGUCAGGAGAAGCAAAGACUGAUGAAAGAAUGUUCUCUGCAAGGGAAUGUGGUGUCCCAUCUGAUGCAAACCAUCAAAAGGAACAAGCAGGUGGAAUUGAAAAGAAACAGACAGCAGCUUUAGAUUUCUGGGUGGCUGCUAUACCUGUAUCCAAAAGCAAGAGAAACUUCAAACAGUCUUCACGUGUGAAAACCCUAGUGAAUCCCAAAUGUGAAAUUUUUAAAGCAAAGAAACCAUCCAUUUCAUACAUGUUCAAUAUCAAGGGUAGGGCGAGCCCAAACCAUAGAAAAGCACUGGGACGUAACUUGACAACCAAAAUGAAGGAGGUGGAUCAAGGUAAAAAAACGGCAGGUGACAUGUACUCCCUCAUGACCAUUAUACCUGACGUUAACAGGUAUCGCAAGAGAGAAAGAGAAAAAGACAUGUUAGGAGAGAAAAGACUCUUUUCCAAACAAGUAAAGCAAGAGACAGCACCACAAGAAGGGACUCUGACUCUAGAUGACACCGAAGAAACCAAUUUUCACGAUGAAGAGGAAGAAGAAAGUGAACAAGAGAUGUUCCUAAAAGUACUUCCACAGCACAGCCAACAUUUCGUAUUCUGCUCAGGCCAGAGGAAGGAGCUUAACCUUCACAAACCAGAAAAUAAGGGAAGUGGGAAAAUUCUGUUUGUUACAGAACAAGACCUCGCACCGCAAAUGCCACCUACAGAUCCGGCGCAGGUAGAGGAGCCAAAGAGAAGUCACCAGACGCAAAGUGGCGCCCUGAGUACAGUGGACUCAAACCUUCCUCUUCUCAAGUCAAAGGAACCACUCGUUGGUCAAGUUUUAACUGAUACGGUGAAAUGUGGUCUCCCAAGUGACGGGAGCCACGGCAGGGACCUGCGCAACCAGGUUAAAGAGGAGAAGGCAGAGUCCCACAAAGCUUUGCAAGCAGCUGUCCUGGAGUCUUUGGAUAUCUCCACACCCAUUGCACCUGAAUCUAAGAGGCAGAGAAAGACGUUUCCACGUAGAGCCUUAAAAAGUAAAAUGCAUCCCAGAUGUGUUACUAUGAAGGCAAGGAAGGCACCAAUUUCACAGGUAUUUAAUAUCCCGCGGAAUGGUGGUCUAAAAAUCCUACAUCCAACAACUCUGAAAUCACAGAUUAUUGACCUUUUAAUUCACAUAAAAUACUCUGGGAUCCUGGAAAACCUCACCGCAGAGGAAAAGGAAGGACUAGCCCAAGAAUUACCAGCAACAACUCUGGAGUUUUUGGAUAUAUCCACACUUGUUUCAGCUGUGUCGAAAAGAAAGCAAAACAACGUAAAACUUACAGGCAAGAGAAAUAAAAUGAGUCCCAAAUGUGUCACUUUGAAGGCAAAGAAGGCACCAAUUUCCCAGACCUUUAACUCCAGCAAAGGUGGUGCCCCAAGCCACAGGAGGCAAUGGGAAUGCAACUUCAAAACCAUGACAAGACAGGGUCAGUCUGUGGCAGAUGUCAUCCUCAAUGCCAUUUCCUCCUCCAUGCCUGUUUCACUUGACGUGGAAGAGCAUAAUAGAAUAAAAAUAGAGACGGGGAGGCCAUGGAAGAGGAAAUUCAGUCAUGAGCUGCAAGAGCGAGGGCAGUCACCAGGCGGAGAGGGAGCCUGGGGGGCCCAUUCCAGGGAGAAGAGGGUCUGGGCUGCAAAGGUCGGGGAGGAAGUCAAAGACUACGGCGGAGAAGCAGCCCCACGGAAUUCUCAACACUUCACUGUUCAUGCUCAUAAAAAGGAGGAGCCUCACUUUGUGAAAUCAGACCUAGAACGGAAGAAUUCAGCAAGGAAAAUAACCCCAGAGUCACUUACCAUAGCUCAGGAGCUGCAGCAACAUGCGCGUUUCAUGCAAAAUGUGUCGCAUUCUGUUUCCUGCUCUGUUUUGAAUUUACUGCCAUUUCAGAAGCUACCAAAAAGAACAAAAACCCAGAGAGGCUUAAAAGAUACAGGGAGUUUAAAGAUUUCAUCCCCAGUGACAGAGAAAUCAAUCAGUGAAUCUUUAAUUGUUAUAGCACAGAGUGGCUUUCCAUCUGGAAGAGGCCCUCGGAAGGAACUUGCUAGUUCUGUGCCAGAGGGAAAGAUGAGGUUACAGACGGGUUCACAAGUGAGAAGCCUACAGUCUUUUGGUUGCUCCCGGCCAGCUUCAUCUAAAAUCAAAGGGUGGAGAAACGCAGCACAAAUCCCUGAGUCUGGGACUGAGAAAGCACAGAUGGCACCGGUUUUAAAGACAAUUAACAUCACUAGGUCUGGUGCCCUGAGCCGUGGAAAGGAACAGGUCCACACCUUGGAUGAUGUGGCCAAAGAAAUACCUCAAAGUAUGUCAAAUAUAUUUAUGAAUGCCUUGUUUUCACUUACACCUGUUUCACCUGCCAUCAAAACACAUGAAAAACUGAAAGCAGAGAAAGGCCCAUUUAGGGAAAAAAGCACGUUUUUACAGCUAAAGCAAGAGGAAGGGAAAAGACUGUGUAAAUAUUCCUCUAAUAAACGGAGCACCUCAAGCGACACACCAGAAUCAAGAUGGCAGCAGGAAAAAGAAAAAGAGGGCAACGAAGUUUUAUUCGAAGCAGGUCUUCGACCCCUGAAUAGGACAGGAAGUAGAAAAGAUCAAAUUAUGCUUAUCACAGAGCAAGAUGGGCAGCAAAAAAUACUGGCUUCAGAAAAUAUAUUGGAGUCUCUCUGUUCUCCUCUGAUAAUUCCAUUUCCAACUGAGAAGCUGACAAAGACUGUCCCACCACAAAAAGACAUACUCCAUAGACUGAGUGAGAAGACAGCAUGUCGGAAAAGCAGGCGAGCAAGAUUUGAUGGUCUUUUCACUGGGGAGGCAGAGUAUUGUAGUCCAUCUGCUGGGAGCCCCACAAAGAAGCCAGAUGUUUCCAGUGCAGUUUCCCUACCGUGUGAAGGAGAAGAGGGAGACAUAAAAACUCAAAAAGGAAUAAAAUACACAGCCGAUCAAAAUAUCCCACCUCCCAAGUCAGGAAUGUCAGUGCUUGGAGAUCCAUGUGAUAAAAGCGCCAAAAGGAAAGCAGGUGGUCGUGUUGCCAAGAAACACAAAGAGUUGCAAAGAGAUUCGCUAAUAAUAUCCAUGCUGUCUGUCUUAGCUGAGUCUAAAAGGCAUAAAAGGGCAUUAAAAUAUCUGGAAAGGAAAGAUCUUUUGGGUCCCAAAUGUGUAACCGUGAAGGCAACGAAACCUCUUUGUUCACAGGUGCUUAAUACCACUGAGCACGGUAAUCUAUACAGUAGAAACGAACAGGAAUGCAAUUUAAAAUCUGUGAUAAACAACAUGCAACAACAUCAAAGUACAGCUGAUGCAUUUUCAUCUCCCACACCGGUUUCAACAUAUAACAAACUAGAUAUUGAAAUGGAUGGCACACCAAAACCAGAGGCAGAUCAACCAAGAGUUCAAAUACACACCCGCACCCCUCCAGAGCCAGAGAAAUCACCGUGUGACCGAGAGGCAUGGGAGGCCAAUCUGACUGAUACACAAAACCAGUCCAGCAACGCAGUGAAGAUGACUGUGCAGCGUGCAAAGGCAGAGAAAGACAUCCCAGAAGUGUUAGCAGACUCAGUUCCACACUGGAGCCAACACUUCCAUUUCACUUCCUACCAUCUGAAAAAUCUUGGCUCCUGCAAAUCAGAAUCUAAACUGAAUAGUUCAGAAGGCAGAAGCACUUGGAGUUCGUCUUGCGCAGUGCAAAAUAUGAGGCAAGAAAAACAUGUUAGAGAAUCUAUUUUGGAGCCUGUUUCUAGGAAUGUCAUGAAUUUUAUUCAAGUACAAACACUGAAGAAAAGUCUUCAUGCUCAAGAGAGAAUAAAAUACAUGGUAGGUCUAAAGACUCCAUUUCCAGAAGCUAGGAAAUCAGAGACUGGCUCCAUACAAUGUGGUCUCUGGAAUGGAAAUCCUAGGAAGAAAUGGGAUAGUCCUAUUUCUCAGAAAAAGACAUGGAAUCAAAGUGACUUAGUAAGAACCAUCUUAAAGCCUUUAGAUUUCUCCAGCCUUUAUUCGCCUGAACCCCAAAGCCAGAGUUACGCAUUAGAGUUUGUAGAAAAGAAAAGUACAGCGAGUCCCAAGCAUGUAACUUUGGAGGCAAAGAGACUACUCGUUUCACAGUUGCUGAAUACCGCAAGGUGUCUUACAGGAAACCAUAGAAAGAAAAGGCACAGAUUUAAGCACAAGACAAACGAGAGGCAAUGGAACAGGAGCGUGAGACAGACAUUAUUUCAUGCCACGGAGGAAGCUAACAUUUCACCAUCCAAGCUAGUGAUCGAUAAGCUCUCAUUCAAUACAACAGUAAGGGAUAAUCUGUUUAACAACAGAACACCUCACAGAAAUCUGAAUGGUCAUAUCACAGAGGAAAAGGCAGAGUUGGAGAAAAAGGAGAUGAGAUUUAACAUCGAGAAACAGAAGAAGAGGUUCCAGCAAGGCAGAGCCGAGGCAGAGUUAGUUCUCAAUACUCUCUGUGACUCUGGAUCUAUUCCAUCUCAAAUGAAAGAGUUUAUGGAAGUAAGAAGGGAGAAAGGCAGGCCACAAAAAUUGAUACACAUUCCUCCGCAGCUGAAGCUGGAGAAAUCACCAAACAGAAGACAAACACAGUCCCUUGUUAAGAGUGCUACGUCAAGAAAUAUCAAAACCCUGAAACAGUACAUUAGAGAGCAAGGGGAGAACUACCGAGCUGCUUUACUAGACCUUCCCCCACAACGUAGGUACCAGCUGGUGAUUAGCCAGCAGGUGAAGAAGGAGCCCGACUGUGUCAAGUUCACAGUCAAUUUGAAAAGAGACGUUUACCGCGAUCUCCCUUCACAAAAGAGGGAACUCAGUCGCACUGCGUCUGACAUCUCAAGAAUUAGACCACAUACAAAGCAUGAACUCCUCACUGAACGGAGAGUAAAGGAAGGUGACGCAGAUGUGGUCCGACGUUCAGCUUCAGCUCCACAGGGGAGAGAGGUAUCAGGGAAAAUGGACAUCUCCUUAAGUCCAAAAGGACAUGUUUUGUUUCUGACGGAGUUGGCUGCUUCUCCACAGAAGACACACAAGGAGCAAGAACGGCGGGAACGAGGAAGUAUUUCAGUGACACAUCUGGAACCUGUCGCCUACCCCACUGUGGAAACUCCUCAUUCAGAAAACACAGGAAAGGUCGCUGAGGAAGAUGCGUACCUUGACAGAAGACAUGCUUCACAUCUAUUUGGAAGAGAAGGAGUAAAAGAAACUGCUAUCUUACAAGGUUCAAAACGAUAUAAAUUUCUUUGUACACAUGGAGAGGUCCAGCAAAAUAUGUCUGCAGUGCAGAAAGGAGAGAUGAAACCAGACUGCAUUUCUGCAAGCAUCCUGGAUUCUGUAUCUUGCCCCAGUGGGGAACCUCUUCAGGUAAAAGAGGCAGCCAAUGCAACAGGGAAAGAGCAUGUUAGCAUCCCUGUAGAUUUGACUGUAAAUCCAUGGAGAAAAGAGAAAUCAGAGGGAACUGAUAUUCUAUUAGAAUCAAACGGACAGAAAAUCAACUUUUCCAAAACACAGAAGGCAGAGCAACAAAAUAGUUCUAAACAAAGUAAAGAAAAUAUUCUGGAAUCCAUGUCUUCUUGCAUAUUGCAUCAACUCCACACUGAAAAGCUAAAGAAAGAAAUCUCAGCCAAAGGAAUGAGUUCAACAGUUUUGAGCCCAAUGGUAGAGAAAGCAUCAAACAAAACAUAUUUUCCAGUGGCUCCAACUCCAGGCUCGGCAGGAACUGAUUUGCAUACCGGAGGAAGAAAAGAGCAUCGACAAGAAAGUACAUGCAAGGCUCUACCACCAUCUGCUUCUCAUUCUUUGGUGGAUAGACUCCAGGUUAAAUUGCCAAGGGUAAAGAAAGCAUUAAAGGAGGCAGAGAGUGCAAAGUACCACGCUUCAGAUACAGAAGGAAUUGGCUUGCUUUUUUCAGGAAAAGAAGAAAAGCAACCAGAAUAUAUACAACAUAUUUGCCCAAAUCUUGCUUCUCCCUCUUUGAGAGAUGUAUUUCAAAGUAAGAUGCCAUGUAAAAAGCAAGCUUCGGAAGAAGUAGCUAGCACUAUGCAUGGCACCCCAAGUGCAGAAGGAGCUGGUUUGCUAAUUACAGGAAAGGGAUUACAGCAACAAAAACGUACGAACGAGGCUCUUCUAAAGCCUGCGUCUCACUCGCCAGCAGGUCGACUGCACAUUAGUACCUCAGUGCAGCGAGUAAAACUGGAUGACACCAAUAUGAUGCACUGUGAACAUUCAACUCCGCAGGCUAAGGGAGCAUUAAAAGGAAUGGAUGUUACUGUUGGAUAUACUCAAACAAGUGAAAAGAGACAACACUUACCCAGUGCGGAACAAACACAGCAGCACCUGUUGGUUCCCUCUCAGAAUUUUCUGGAGCAUAGGUCCUACCCUCAGAAUGAUCCCUGGUUCCUGCCGCAGUUAGUGCCUCCGGCCAAGGAAGCAUUAUCAGAAGCAGGCAACACGUCGAGCAGGACAAAAGGAUCAGACUUGAUUUCUAAAGCUCAUCUGAACCCUGGAAGUGAGUAUGGCCUGGAAUGGGCUGUGCCCUUGAUUCCUCCAAGGCAAACAAAAAGACAAAAUACAAUGCUGCCUUCAGAAUCAUUCAGUGAAAAUAUAAAAUAUCAGGAUGUCUCAUUUCCAAAAGGAAAGAAAGCAUCAGACGGGGCACAGGUAAUUGAUUCAGUAUCACAUGGUAGCUCCAAGCGAAGAGAGAAGGCACAAUUAUGCAAAGCAUAUCAAAAAAAGGUACAAAAAGAGGUGUGCCUACCUGGAUUGUUUUUACAUUCUCUUUCUGUCCAUUUGCCUCUUUUGCCUGAGAGUGAAAGACAGAAGAGUGACAUAAAACAAGGACUUAAGAAAGGCGUAAUAUGCCCCGAAAGAACUUUGAUGUUUAAGAAAUCAGUCUCUUCAGAUACGUUUAAUACUGCGAACUACAGAACCCCAGGCAACAGACCAGAACUGCAGUGGGAACUAAAAGAGAAGAUGGUAAAUAUGAAACAUAAAAAGGUCAGACCUGAUUUGGUUGUGACAAAUACGUAUGAGUUCAUCCCUUUUUCACCUUACUUCAAAUUGAAUAAAAAGAUAAUUGAUGAGAUUAUCUCAAAUGUCGUAAAGGGAAUAAAACACCAUAUAUCUCAGAAAAAGAAGGAUAGAAUAAAAAGAGUCAAUAUGAAACGGAUAAUGGAUCCCAACGUUAUUUUGAAGGCAAAGAAAUCAUCACUGUCACACACACACGAGGGAGAGGAAUGGCCAGUGCCGCUGAACACUGUAAAAGUAGAGAGCAAGGUGCAAACAGGUAAAGGUAAGUCAGGUGUGAAACUGACAGACGUGCUGAUUUCCUUACCAUCUCUGUCACAUCCUAAUUUGAAUUCAAGAAUAAAAGUAGGAAAAGGUAAGUCAGGAAUACCAAGGAGCUGCCUUCCGCCACUGAAGUUCCAGGCAUCCUCAAAUAUCAGAAAAACAUCAUUUCCAGAGUCAAUUAGUAGGGAUAGUUUAAAUGAUAUAAUAGAAUCAAAACAACAUUUGCCACAGAAAAAGAAGGAAGGUGGAGAAGAUACUGUGUAUAUGAAGGAUAUGGUGCACCGCAAAUGUGCCACUUUUAGAAGAAAGAAAAAGCUUUUUAAGCUUACACCGCGUGGACAAGAACCACAGUGGAACAACAAAGAACAAGAGGAAAUGAUGCAGGGAGAUACAAGUGGUCUAGAUGUAGUUCUGAACAAGCCCCAUGUUUCCAUUCCUUCUUCAUCCCGCCUAGAAUGGGGUCCUGGAUUAAAAGAAGAGGCACACAUGCGAGGAGUAACAGGGCUCUGCUUUCCAUCACUGACCCUCCAGGAAUUAUCAGAUGCAAUGAUAACAUGUGAGGAGCCAAUGGGUGACAUUUUAAGCAGCAUAAAAAGAGCAAAAUAUUUGCCACAGAAAACCGAAGAUAAAGUGGAAAUGAAAGAAGAAAUAAGGCUUCACAAAAGAAUAGCUUUGAAGGCGAAUCAGUCUCCGACUGCACAGGAGUUGCCCUUGAACAUCAAAGAAAAAGAGGAAAAGAUGCAGGAAGAUUCGGGUGAACAAGUUGGGAUUCAGAGAAGACCGCGCCUCUCUGUGUCUUCUCCACCUUACUCUGAGGUGGACACAGGAGGGAAACAAGAAGCAGUCGUGCUAAGAAAAACAAGAUCCCCCUUUCCACAACCAGAGCUCCAGGACUCAUCAGAUACAGGGAAAAUAGCAUAUAAAGAGUCUACCUGUGGUGAUACGGAAGAAGAAGAGAGAGUAAAAAUGGCGAAAGUCGUACCUUUGAAGAAAAAUAAAUCACCAAUUUCACAGGAAAUCCAGUUGGACAUCAAAGAGCAAAAGAAAAAUACACAGAGAAUUAAAGGUGGACCAGGUGUGGUUUUGACCUGUACAUCCCUACCUGCUCCUUCAACUGGAGAUGAUGUCUCAGAUGAUGUGAAAACGGUACAAGAGUACAAGCCCCAGAGAGGGGAGGACGGAGGGGAAAUAGCAAACAUGAAAUAUAAAAUAUACCGCAAAGGCAGCACUCCCAAGGCAAAGAUAUUACUACCACUUCCACAUUUUCCCAGUUCCCCCGGGGGGUGUGGCCCCCAAAUUAGAGACAUGCAGACAAACAUAAGGGGAAACCUGGGACACGUACAGGACAGAACAAGUGAACGAGAUGACGUUCUGGCAGGACCUUGUUUACCUCAAUUUAAAUUAAACAGAGUUGCAGAAGGCAAGGAAGGGAGCCAAGGAGUAGUGAGACCCUGCCUUCCAUCCUCAUGGCCCAAGGAAUCAUCAGACACAAAGAGGUUAAAAUAUACGAUGUCACCUGUAAAUGGUAUCUCAAGAGAUUCAAAGAGAACAAAAUACACGGCACAGAGAGAAGAGAAUGAAGCAAAUAUUUUUGAGAGAGACCUAAUGCAUCCCAAAGGCUUAGCUUUGAAGGCAAAUAAAUCACCCCUUUUCCAUGUACUCAGAGCGAAGAAACUGCAAGUCAACAUUAAAGAGCAAGUGAGAAGGGGGCAGGACGGUAGCAAGCACACAGUUGUGCUUCUGAGCAAAAUUUGUCCUUUUGUCACUUCUUCAGCUCAUCUGAAGUUUGACACAAUAAAAGAAGAGAAAGGUGAACCAGGAAUAAUAAGGAAUUACGUGUCACCUCUCGAGCUCCAAGACUCAUUGUCUUCAGUGCAGACGGCACCUACAAAGUCAGCUGACAGCCAGAGAAAAGGAGGAAGACUGCAUCCACCACCGAAAGAAAAGGCCGGAGUGCCAGCAGCAGCCCUGACCACGCGCCCCAACGGCACAGACGUCAAGGCAGGGACAGCAUCGCCUCCUCACGUAUUCGGUGUUGCUGAGCCCGGUGCCCGGAGUAGGAGAAAGGAACCACAGUCGAGCACUAAGAAGAGAGUGGAACAGGAGCAGGGAAGAAGCGGGGACCCGCACGUGGCUCCAGCAAAAGCUCCUCCUUCCUCGCCUUAUCCAUCUCACCAUAGACUGGAUGCAGGAACCAAAGUAGACGCAGGAUCCGCUCCUUCCCAGUUACAGCUCCCUGAGUCAUCAGGUGCAGGGGGAGUCAGAUACGCAGAUCCCAGUCAGGGUAUCAGCUCAUGUAAUGUCAUAAUAAAAGCUAACAGACACGCGCCAUGUAAAGAGGCAAAGGACAGAGUCACAACAAAAGGCGGGAGAGACAGACGAUCCCCCCAAGUAACAACUUUAGAAGCCCACUCGUCCGCACUUACCCAUCUACUCAGUGGAGACAGGCUGCCUCCGGAUGUCAAGGAGCGAGGGGAGGAGGUGGUUCUGAGGGAAACGCGGGCUUCCUUACCUUCUCUAUCUGACCUGCAGCGGGGCCCCAGCACAAACCAGGAGGAAGGCGCAGAAGGAAUAACACAGUCCUGUUUUCCACCACUGAAGAUUUAUGAUCCAUUCAUUCCAAGCCAAAAAGCAGAUACGAGGUCACUUAUGUUGAAAGAGGAAGACAGACUCAAAACAGAUACUGAAGACAGAGUGCUCCCAGUCUCUCUCUCUCUGGAUCAGAAGGCAGAGGAGCCACCGCUUUCACAUCUACUUGACACCAAAAAACCGUGGUGGAAAAUUAAAGAGCAAGGGCGAAGGGUACAGAGAAACGACACUGAACUAGUUACAAACCUGAAGAACAUUUGUACUUCUUUACUUACUCUACCAUGUCUUAAAUCCGAUGCAGUGGAAGGAGAGGGGUAUGUGAUAAGAAUUACAAAACUGCCUCUCCCACAAUCACAGUCCAAGGAAUCAGCACACACAAUGAAAAUAGAAUAUGCUGAAACAACUGAUGGAGAACUUGCAAAAGAUGUAAGAGAGAUAAGAGAGCACAUGCUACAGAAAGAGGAGGAGGACAGACAGGAAAGUGUGCAUAUGAAUAUUAUCGUGGACCCCAAUAAUACGGGUUUGAAAGCAAAGGAAUCGCUUGUUUUGCUUACAUGCAAUCCAAGUGAGCUUCAGUGGAAAACUAAAGAGCAAGAGGGAGAGGUUCAGGGAGCUAAACGGGAGCCAGGUGACCUAACGCUGCCUGAGACUUGUAUUUCUAGGCCUGCCCACCUUCACCCUCAUGAAAAUACCAGCAUCAAGGAAGAGAGCGUGCCGAUAUUACCAAGAUCCUCUUUUCCCCCAGUAAACUUCCAGAAGUCACCAGGUUCCGAGGAAGUGGUACAUGUAGAGCCAAUUGCUAGUGAUACUGCGGUCAGUCCACGAAAGGAAGAACAACAUAUGUCCCAGAACAAGGGAGAGGAUGGAGCAGAAAGAGGAAACCUCGUGUUCCCCAAACAUCAAGAAAAGGAGAUGCAAGAAACUAAAGCUGAACCGGGUAUGGUUCCCACCACAUCUUCUACUUGGUUACCAUCUCUCCCUGCCCUCAGCUUGGAUAAAGAAGUACAAGUAGAUGAUGAAAUGCUAGCACUUGAAAGGUCUGUUUUGCCGAGAAUAUCAAAUGCAGGGGAAAUAGUGCGUACACAGUCAAUUAGUGGUGAUAUCGCGAAAGACGUUCAAAACGAGGAACAACCUAUGCCUGAGAAAGAAGAGAGGGUCAGGGAAAGAACGGUAGAUACAAGGGGUCCAACACACACCACAGAGAUAACUUUGAAGUCCAAGAGAAUACCUCCUUCAUAUGUGCUCCAUAGGACAGAAUUGCAUCUGAACAUCAGAGGGAUAGAGCCAAAGAAACAGGAAGGUCAAGGUAACCCGCCCAGUAUGAUGCUAAGAAAAAUAAAAAUGUAUGUUUCCAGACCUCUAAUUAAGCUGAAACUGGAUAAAGGCACACAAGUAGAUGAAGAAAGACUUGGAAUUAAAAGACCUUCCCUGCUUCCACUGAUGCUUUCAGCAUUAUCAGAUGCAGAGAAGAGAGCAGAUUCAAAAGGAACUGGAAAACAACACACGUCAGAGAAAGAAAAGUAUGACAUGAAAAAAGUAGACAUGCGGAUCAGGAUGCAUCACAAAGAGGGAAGACUUUCCCCAAUUUCACAUGUCCUUGGUACAAAGGAAUUUGUGUUGAAUGUUAUUAAAGAGCCAGGGAGGCGUUUACACAAAGGUAAAGAUGAACCAGGUGUGGUUCUGACAAGGACUUUCCUUUCUAUCCCGUCAGCACCUCUUUAUCUAGAUUCAGGGAGCAAAAUGGACAAAGAUAUGCCAGGAAUCACGGGAUCCUCUUAUCCACAGCAAAAUCUCCAAGAAUCAUCAGACACCCAGGAAACAGCAAUCAGAGAGUCAGUUAGUGGCGACAGUGAACUGGUUAAGAACGCUGAACACUCGGUUCCAGGAGAAGAGGCCAAGCGACAGUGGACCUCCAACUUCAUGAUCAGCAUCCAGCAAAGGAGGGAGCCUCCACGAGUCAAAUCUGAAGGAGAUCUGAGUGAGUUAAAUUCACAGCAUGAGGGCCUCUAUUUUACAGGACUUGGUACCAUAAGAGGUGGGAAAAGGCUGGAAUAUUUCUUCACAGGGCAAGAGGCUCAGCGAGAAAAAUACAGAAGCACAUUUUACACGUUUCUUUCCUUCCCCGCGAUAGAUCUAACUAACAUUGAAAGUCUGAAGAAUGAAACGGAAAUAAUGAAUAGCCUGAGCCAUAGAAUAAGUCCUCAGGACUUAGUUUCACUGCCGAGGAAAAUAUCCAAGGAAAUGUGUGCCACGCGUGGCACCCCUGUCAGUUCAGAAGGAUUUUCUGCUUCAGAGCAAGAUGCCCACCAACAAGAGACUUUAUCAAAGGCGUCUCCAGGAUCUGCAGAUUCAUGUAAAUUUGAUAAACCAGAGGAAGAUGGACAAAAUAAUGAAAAAAUAAGCGAAACGUCCCCUCCCAAAGUGCUGGCAAAGGAAUCAGUUGAGAAAAUGAGUAUCACAGAGUCAAAUGCCCCCCCGAAUAUAGAACAAGAAAUUGUCACGGAAAAGCAAAUGGUGCUGCGGUCUGGGAGUGGGCGGCAGACCAGGGUGGAUUCUAGCCUUUCUCUGAAGAUUCCACUUCAAAAUGGAAAGCAGAGGACACCGCUAGAAAUAGAUGUGCAUAAGCAAACUACAGUCUACCCUGGAGCACAAGUACUACCAAGAAUGCACAUGGAUAUUACAGAGUUUGAUGCCCUAAAAGGGCAAAAAAGUCAGGCAUUGUUUGUUCCAGAACAAAAGGAGCGCAACCCAGAGUCGCUUCAGAAGUCUCUUUCUUCCUUCUGGAACUUUCCACCUCAGUUUGGUGAUCUGGAGGAAAAAAAUGAAACUGCCACAAGCACAACUAUAAAUCUGGAGCAAAAAAAAUUAGACAUGAAAGAAGGGAUAUUAAAAAUAGACACAAAUAUAGCCGUCCACCUGGAAGAGGACAAAAUAGAAAUGCACAAACGCACCACCGUCAAUCUGGAGGAGGAGAAAAUAAAAAUGGACACAAGCAACACAGUAAACCUGAGCAUGGCAUCUCUAAAGGCAGAGGAACCACAAAUCAAGGCUCAGGUCGUCACUCAUAUGGCAAACCACGACCCAAGGAAACAAAAACAUAAAAAGGAACGAGAAGUGUCUUGCACAAAACAAAGCAUUCAGCUACAAAAUAUGUUUCAAAAACAUAUGCUGGAUUCAUUUUAUGCCUAUAUUCCAGUUUCUUCCAAUUUUGGAGGUCAGAAAGGCAGAUUAACAAUAGCAGAUGUGAAAAGAGAAUUGAGCCCCAAAUAUUCAAGUAUGAAAAUCCCAAAGCAUCCUGUUCUACAGAUUCUAGGCAACACAGGACGUGGUACUCCAAGCAACAGAAAGAAAUUGGAGUAUAACUUUAACAGAUCAAAGAAAAUAUCUUUGUGGCGAGAAGAAGCCUCAGGAAUUUUUAUCAGAAGUCUUUCUAUUUCCAUGAUGAGUCCAUCUCAGACUAGAGAAACAGUAGAACCUGAGACAAACUUAGAAAGAGCAAAGAGAACUUGUCUUUCAAAAUUUCCGCAUAAAUCACCAAACGCUAGUACAGCUGUCAAGAGGGACAGCUCAAGCACUGUAAAAGAAGGCGACCAGAAUUCUACAAGCGCAGUUCCUCAGGAUUCUCAGCCCUUCGUGGUGGAUGAGCAACAAAUGAACAAGCUUCCUAGUGCCAAGUCAGAAGCAAACCUCAGCAGUGAAGCAAAUCAAAGUUUAACUCCACAAACAAAAGAAAGGGUUGUUCCAGGCCAUGACAUCGCAAGCAUUGUAAAAGAGCCUGACUUGCUUACGAUCGAGCAAGAAAAGGCACCAAAAUCCAUUCAAACACCUACAGAUUGUCCAUUCAUGCCUGAAGAUCCAAACGAAAAUGUGGAAACCCACAUGAAAAGUACCCUCAGUACGAAUAUUCCCCCGCUGGGGGUAGAAGAACCACCGUGUGAAACUCAGCUGUUUGGUACCGCAGAGCAUGCCCCACCACCUGGGGAUGGAGAUCAGCGUGAACCUGUACAGGUCACAGCCACACAAACGCUUCAGCAACAGAAAACUCCUCCAGGAACUGAGCCCGAAGCAUCCCAAGUUAAAGGUAAUGAAAUAGAAAUAGUGGCAGAUAGUCCAAGAGCAGAAAGUUUACUUCCUCUUUAUGAAGCAAUUAAAGAUGUCUUCGAAGCCCAGGUGAAAAAUAUGGUCCAAGACAAAAUUUAUGCUGAUAUACUAGAAAAAGUGGAAGACGAUAAACCUGGUAGCUGGGAGGCGCCACCUUCUGCAGGGUGUGCAGAUACAACGUCCACAAUAACACAUUCCAAAGUGCAGCCAAAGCCUAUUGUAGAAAGUUUUACUUGCGAAGGAAAAAACAAGCUCACGAAUCAUUUAGAGUCAAAAGCACCUGAAAUAAAUCUGAAUUUGACACCAGAGAUGAGGAAACAAUCCUUCCAAAGGCUCAGCUGUUAUCCAAAACCGGCUAUUUCGAAACAUAACAGCUGGAGGCUCAGUCAAAGACAUAGAAAAACGUGCUUUUUGUCUCUCAGAGGGAUUGAUACUGUAAAACUCACCCUAAAACACAGAUACCAAAAAGACUCACCUCUUGUCAGCUGUGUGAAAACACUGACUGUUAAUGUUUCGAGUGGCAGUGAGGAGAUUAUUACAAAGCUAAAGAGAAUACAUGCGCUAGAGAGUAGAACACCUUCAUUAAUUUCUGCUGGACAAAUGCCAUUGCCUUGUAUUCUCCAAAACUACCCAGUAAAAGAAAAAGACAAACUUCUCAUACACUUUUCUAGGAAAACAUUGGAGGUUCAAAUGAAAACCUUUCCCAGAAUUGUAAGAGAAUCUUACACAAUGGCCAGUGCUCAGGAUAGAAGGAAACUUUUAUCAACAUGUAUUCAUUCUGAUGUCAAAGUACCAAAACGAGAAAACAGAAUUUUGUUACUUUUUGAGGAAAAAUCUCUUCAUCAAAUAGAUCUUGAUUUACGAUACAAAUACACUCGUUUUCUCCUGGGGCUUCCAGUCAAAAGUAUGUUCCCUAAGCCGAACACACUUCCCAAACAUAUUCUUAAGUUACACACAGUUGCAAUAUGUAAAAAAGUGGACAGUAGUGGAGAAAGUGGUGGUCUUCCCAUUGAUACCGGACAGCUAGAACAACAUAUCUCUUUCAAAAAGCAAAGUCCCCGUGAAAAUUCAUCACUGAUCAAUACAUUCUUGGAGCCCCAGCAGGUGUGUUCUUCUGACCCUGAUCAACACAGCACAGUGCAGGAAGACACUACGGCUCUUUCAAAUUUAAAAUCUCACGUGCCUCCAGGGAAAGACAAACAAUGUCACGUAUGGUUUCAAGAUACAAAUACAUGUGAAUCUGCUGAUUCAAAGACUUGGGGAAAUGCUCAUGAUUUGGUUGAUUCCCAUUCAAUUCAGAAUUUUGAAGAUUCUACUGAUAGUCACACAAAUACUGAGAGUUCAGAAACCUGGGGGGGAUGCUCAGCUCUUGAUGCACAUGACAGUGAAGAAUAUGUGUUUUUAGAAGCCAACUCUUGUUUAAGUCAGGAAUCACAAAAUAUUCUACUUGAAUUACAGAAAGGCAUGCCUUUGGCAAAUCUCUACAGGAAGAAAAAAAUCAAAACUGAUCUGAAACCAUUUUACACUGAAGAUACAGGUUCCCAUCAUAUUAGAGGCCGUAGAAAACAUUCCUCAGUUGUGACACCACCUUCUUGUGACUCCCACAAAAGCAGGAAAUAUAGGUCAUCCUCCAAAAUGCAAUCUCGUGACUCGUGUAACAGUUCCUUAACUACUGUAGAUCUGUCUAUAUCAUCUUCCAUUCCAUUCAGUGAUGAGAAGCUUUCACAGACUACUAAGAGCAGAAAAAAUUACUCCUUAGUUCCCUUAACGGAAUCAAAUAUUAAAUUACAUCUUGCAAAAAGCCAAGGCAAACCUCGCAGGCAUUCAGAAAGCAAAGAAAGAAAGAAGGCCAAAUGCGAUUCAUUUAGAAAGAACAACAUUCCUUGGGAAUGUGACUACAGUUAUACACAGAGUAAAGAGAAACGCACAAGAAAGAAGAAAGAGCGUGAUUUUGAGUCAGAAAGAUCGGAUUAUUUCCCAGGUGAACAUAAGUCAGCCUCAGAACCUCCUCCAGAGGACAGCGACUUCCUUUCUGAAGGAAAACCAAGCCAGCCAUUUUUUUAUGCCUGUAUACCGGCAGACUCACUGGAGACUAUACCCAAAACCAUUCGCUGGACUAUUCCUCCCAAAACUUUAAGGAAGAAAGACUUCAGAGUCCCCAUGGUGGCCAAGAUUUCAAGUUCUUACAACCUAUGGAGUUCAUCCAAAAAGUUAUUGGGGUCACUGUUAGAGUCCUUCAGCCUGGUUCGUCAAAAAUGAUUUUACCACAUUAAGGUUCAUCUCGAGGGAAAGGUGUCGUGAUAUUCUGGGAAAAAUAAAAUCAUAUAAAGUCAAAUGAUUUCCUUGUGAAGUGUCUGCUAAACUGAUGCCUUUUAUUUCUGCAGUAGAUUUGCAUAGUUCUGGAAGGAGUGGAUG